CUCAGCAACAACAGCAACGAGAUUCAAGAAGCAGUCUGAACAGGCUGUGACGCAAAACUACAGUCCUCACCUCUUCAUGCUGUCGCACACAGACAGACACCGCUCCUUUCACCUCCUCUUUCAAACCCCACCCACUACACCCAAGACACCACGCGCAAUGCUGUCCGCUGGCACAGUCGAGCCACCUGAUGCCGCCCCCAUUUUGGGGACUAGCCCAGCUGCACAGCGUCCCGUGUUCGACGUCGAGAGGCGGCACCCACGAGGUUUGGGGGGGGCCACCGUUGAUGCGGGCGGCGCUAGCGUGGCUCAAGCGUACGCUAUAUUCAGCAGGGUAAGCCGCGCCACAAAGCAUUGCGCCAGCACCACACGGGGUUUUGGACGGUGCCGUGUCACCAUCCCUACGCUGUUGGCCGGCUGGCUCCGGCACAAAGCCCUCUCACUACACUGCCCAGUCUGCAGCUUAGUAUCUCUGUAUGAGCUGUAUGAGCUGUAUGAGCCCAAAAGAUCUUUUCAAGUCUGGAUAUCUACGCCGGCAGGUAGUUACUGUCAAAAGUGUCAUAACGAGGGCCAAAGUUGGCAUAGUUGCUUGGGUCCAUAAGCCCAGCGCGGCUUACACGCACGGGAGACUCGGUGUCACGACACUGCAAUCUCCAUCCAACGCAUAUCAUCCAAAAUUUUGAUCUCCAUGGACAAACAUCUCAACCCGAAACGGCCAGCUACAGUCCAUCAUGGUCCCUCCUCAUUUUCCCAGAGUCUUGCGCUAGGAAGACGGGUCGGCUGGUCUGCUCGCUUGGACCCUCUGCCGCCUCACUGGCAUCCCCCAAACCCAUUAUUCCGUGACAGCUCGACCCACCCCGCAAGAAUGCAUCGUUGGCCAAGUAUCCUAAGGAUCGAGCUAUAGUAGCCAGCUCAGGAGAUCUUCUCCUAUCCUUCUAGAAGCAUGCUUCAUAAAAGUCGUCUGCAUCACAUUUCCAUUUUCGCCCACACGCCCACGGC